CUAGCUUUCCUAUGUUUAACACUUCUUCUGGCUAAAGAAUUAGGUAUGUUAAAGAAGCAUCAGGAGCAAAGUCAACUACAUAGAGUUUUAAAUAUAAAUCUAAAGAAUGCGAUUUAUCAGCAAAUGAUAGCACAUCAUCAGCUCAUCUCAAACCUUUGAUUCAAGUGUAUGAUCUAAUCGAUAGUAUUUAGCAAAUAAUCUUAUAAUUAACAUUUUGCAACUGCCUUACCAUUGCGUAAGUUAGCUAGUCCAUAAAAACAAGCCCCUGUAGAUGGAAGAAUUGUUGAGAGAACAUACUCAUCUGUUAGAACAAGCAAUUAUGUUAAGCGGUCAUCCGUUGCUCCAGAAAAGAGAGUAGAAAAUAAAAGUGUAAUUUAUGAGAAAAGAUCAAUAAAAAUGCCAAUAUGUCCUCCACCAUCUACAAAUGUUAUUGAGGAGAAACUAGAAGAUGAUUAGAUAUAAGGUCAAGGCAGUGAGAUGCAGAGUCAGAAAAGAAGGAAGAGCAUCACAUUUUUUGAGUAAACAGCUAAUGCUAAUUAAUAAUAAGACAACGAGGAAANAGUUGUUAGGUUUUUGUUUUAACCAUAAUUUUAAGUAUGUCUGA